AUGAAUUGUAGAAGCAACACAGAAACUCCCAGGGUAACCCGUAUUCCGUUUUCGGACUCGGAUUCGGACCCAGAAAGUGAAACUGCUUGCUAUAAAAUCAGAAAUCGAAAUCUUACGAAAGCUCUCAAAGCUCUCUCAAAAUUUUCCCUUUUCUCAAGCGAAGUAGAAAGACAAAACGUUAAAACCCACAUCCAUCGAUCUCUCAGAAACCCACCAGUCAUGCUUUCAGUGAGUGUAAAAUGGCAAAAGAAGGUCUUUCCACAAGUGGAGAUUGACACGAGCCAGCCCCCUUAUCUUUUCAAGUGCCAAUUGUUUGAUCUAACUGGAGUGCCCCCCGAGAGGCAAAAAAUUAUGGUUAAGGGUGGUUUAUUGAAGGAUGAUGCUGAUUGGGCAACAGUAGGAGUGAAGGAGGGUCAAAAAUUGAUGAUGAUGGGAACUGCAGAUGAGAUUGUGAAAGCCCCUGAGAAGGGCCCUGUUUUCAUGGAAGAUCUUCCAGAAGAAGAGCAAGUGGUUGCUGUGGGUCAUACUGCUGGCCUAUUUAAUCUGGGAAACACCUGUUACAUGAACUCUACAGUACAGUGUUUGCAUUCUGUUCCAGAGUUGAAGUCUGCUUUAGUAAAGUAUCCAUCUGACAGGAGAAAUGAUUUGGAUCAGACAUCUCAUAUGUUGACAACUGCAACUCGUGAGCUGUUUAAUGAGCUUGAUAAAAGUGUCAAGCCUGUGGCACCUAUGCAGUUUUGGAUGGUGUUGCGCAAAAAGUAUCCACAAUUUGGUCAAUUGCAUAAUGGUCUCUUCAUGCAGCAGGAUGCUGAAGAAUGUUGGACACAACUUUUAUACACUCUUUCACAGUCUCUUAGACCACCAAGUCCCAGUGAAAAUCCGGAUACAGUGAAAGAACUUUUUGGGAUUGAUCUUGUAAGCAGGAUACAUUGCCAAGAAACUGGCGAAGAGAGUUCAGAGACAGAAUCAGUUUAUUCACUUAAGUGCCACAUAUCACAGGAUGUGAACCAUUUGCAUGAAGGACUAAAGCAUGGCUUGAAAUCUGAGCUGGAGAAAGCUUCCCCUUCCUUAGGGCGUAGUGCAAUUUAUUUGAAAGAGUCUUGCAUCAAUGAUUUGCCAAGGUACUUGACUGUUCAAUUUGUUCGAUUUUUCUGGAAGAGGGAGUCAAAUCAGAAGGCCAAGAUUUUGCGUAAAGUGGAUUACCCAUUAGAGCUGGAUGUUUAUGAUUUCUGUUCAGCUGAUCUUCGCAAACAAUUGGAAGCACCUCGCCAGAUUCUACGGGAUGAGGAGGGUAGAAAGCUUGGCUUGAAAGUAAAUGAGAAAAGCUCUGGCUCAAAAGAUAACGAUGUCAAGAUGACUGAUGCAGAGGGACCAUCCAGUGGAAGUGGGGAAUCUUCAAAGGCCACAUCUGAAGAGGGUGAAUCGUCACACAAAGUAUCAAGUCUAACUGGAAUAUAUGAUUUAGUUGCUGUGCUGACCCAUAAAGGGAGAAGCGCCGAUUCAGGGCAUUAUGUUGCUUGGGUAAAACAAGAAAGUGGGAAAUGGAUCGAGUAUGAUGAUGAUAACCCCAUCCCACAGCGGGAGGAAGAUAUAACGAAACUCUCUGGAGGAGGUGACUGGCAUAUGGCGUAUAUUUGUAUGUACAAGGCACGUGCUGUCCCCAUGUAAUCUUCAUUUUAUAUCAUUGUUUAUUUGUUUUAUUUAGAUUCGAGUCACAAAGGGAUUUUCUCUGUAGAUUCAGAUCAUGAAAUGGGCAAAAUACAUAUUACAGAGUUUGCAAUUGUUGUACUUUAGAAAUUGUCAUAUGCUUGUGCUUGCCUGGUGGUUUAAGCUUCAAUGAUUUGGGUUUGAUUUUUCUAA